AGAAAUGAGGACAAGAUUAAGAAGCGCCAGCUCAAUAAUCUCAUGGGCCUUCUUAGGCAAUUUUUUUUAGAGCUUCCAAACUAAUACUAUUUUUUUUAAGUUUUAAUAAAUAUUUUCCUAUUCAAAAUAUUCUAAGUAAAUGUUUUUAAAAUUUGUAACAGAUAAUAAAAAUAUAUUUCUGGGCCUUUUUUUUCUUAUAUUUUGUGUAAAAAUACAUUUAUUUUUUUAGAAAAUGGACUCUUAGCAAUUAAAAAUAGAGAGACAUGAGAAUCCAAGGCGAUCAAAUUACUUGUCCCCCUAUUUAAGCCGGCCCCGAGAGUAAGCAAAGAUUUUCAAACAAAUGUUACUUGGCAAAAAUAAAAGAACAUCUCAUACAAAUGCCUCUGCUUUUUAAUCAGACGUUUAUCUCAUUAACGCUUGCAGUGCCCUGUAUUUUACAUGUAUAUCGAUGCUUCAGUCAAAAGUGGCUGAAUGUUAUUUUAGACUUAGGAAAAACCCAAAGAACACAAGUACAAUUUGACUCAAUGCUUGCCAGUAGAAUCUUACGUGCUGAAACAGUUUCAGAAGAUAUAUUUUGAAAUAGAUUUAGUGAUAUCCGAAACAAGUGGAUAACUCAGAUCACCGAGCCCUCCUGACUCUCUGUCUCUUUGGACCCUCGCAAGAUGCGAGAACUACAUGAAAAUGAAGACAAUUAGAGAUACUUGGAUUAAUGAAUAAAGAAUCACGUGUUCUUGAGGAGACAAAUUUAAUAAAUUAUGAAUCCGUUCUUAAGCUCAAGUUCUUCCUAAAGUAAAGCCAUAUCAAAUUGCAAAUUAUAGUGUCAACAAAAACUUAAACGUGAUAACCAUUUCUAAAAAAGCUGUGGCGACAAUGUAUUUUCCUGGUGUAGGGGGGAGGAAAUUUUGGUUUCCUUUUACCUUCUCAAAUUCUUCAUAAUUUUGGUUUUAAAAGAAAAGUCUUCAAUCUCUAUAAUAUGCAAAAAAAAAAAGAACAGAAAUUCAAUAAAGACCAGAGCUUAUAUAAGUCAGUGAAUGUGAAUAUCGAAUAGAGGAAAACUAAUUCACCUAGACUUAUCGUGACUAGAUAAUUCAGCACGUCAACUCCUUUCCUUCGUACAUACACAAAAUACUGAAAUUUUGAGAUCAUGGUGAUUAGUUUUGUGUUUAUGUAGUAUUUUCUAAGAAAUAUACUCUCUCUGUUUCCAAAGUAAAAUUUUCUGGAGUAUUUACGCUUCUUAAAGAUUUACUAAAUGUUUAUAAUUUAAUUUAUUUUUAACUUUAUUAUACAAUUUCUAAUAACUUUCCACCAAUAAAAUUUAAUAAAUUCAAAUAUUCUCAAUUAAUAUUUAUCAAAAGUAUAAAAAGAUAUCUUAACAAUAUAGAAAUUUUUUUUUUGUGAAACAAGAAAAUAAUCUAAAAAAUAUUACUUUCAGGAACGGAUGGAAUAUAUUUUGGCUGUUUUAUAAAUUUUUGAGUUAUUAGCAACUUUUACAUUAUUAGUCACUUAAAUAUCCUAGUGUUUUGUACUAAUUUAUGUUAUUCGAAACAAAUUAAUGUAGAUUACAUUUCUUUAAUUUAUUAUCUUGCUAUAUAUACUGUGAAUCGUUGGAGAAAUAUAUAUAUAUAUAUUAACAUUAGGAAUUCAUUAAGGUACGUAAAAUCUCCAAAAGGAAAUCACAUAUCUAUUUUCUUCUCAAUGUUUACUGAGAUCAUAAUGGUGAUGCUAUUUAUAUGUUCGCAAGCUCUGCAACAAAAUAAAGAACCGACUUAUUUGAUAAGACCAUUUACAAGAAUUACAAUUCAAAAUAAUAAUGAAUAUCUUUUGGGAGUCCAUUGCAAAUCAAAAGACGACGAUAUAGGUUUUCGUAGUCUUAAAAAGGGUGAAAAAUAUAGUUAUAAGUUUCAUAUUAAUUUUCCAAAUAGUACACUCUUUUUCUGUAGAUUCAGCCGUGGACUAAUAAACAAAGGUGUUUUCGACCUUUACGUAGUUGAUAGAGAUUACAACAGAUGUACAAAGUGUUUGUGGAAAGCAGAAAAAGAUGGUCUUUAUGGAAAUGGCAAGUUCCCAAAACUAGCUCUUGUGUUUUUUAAAUGGAUAAAGUAAAUAUCAAAUUGUGUUGCUUUAAAAAUGUAAUGGAAGUAUGGAAUUUAUUAAAAUAUUGAUAAAAAUAAAAAUAAAACUGAUUAAAAUAUAAAUAAAACGACCUAUAUGUCCUAAAUACUUAUAUAUAUAAGUUUUGUUUUAUCUACUUGUUAUGUUUUCAAACCGUUAGAGCAUCAUUAGUGGUUUAUAUACUCUUUUGAGUCUCUUAUCAUUUAUAUAUAACUAUAAUUUUAAAAUUAAAUGAUAAAAAUAAAAAAUAAAUUAAUGAGAGAAUAACACCACUAAAAUGAGUCUCUUCAGCUUUGUUAAACGUUUCUUCCUUAACAAUCGUUUAUUUAUCUUUCUUCUGUCUUUUCAAUUUUUUUCAUUAUUAUAAAUUUAUAAUUGCUAGAAAUAUGUUGAGAGUCGCACGCUACGGGUACUCUAAAGGAAUCUGCUCUUCGAUCUAGAUCUUUUGUGGUUGGCGCUUAUCUAAAAUAUACAUUUGUUACUAGAUUUGUAUAUAUAUUAAGAGUCAGAGAGCCUAUACAUACUUAAGCUAAUUAUGGACAUUUAUCCUUCAAUUUGUAAGAUUCAAGAGAAGGGAUGGAUUUUGCAUGCUUUCUUUGUAUUUGCGGACGUGCAAUGCAUGCGAUAAUAAGUACGUUUCCGAUACUUUGCGUUGUGUAUUUGCUGACCAAAAUACAUAUUGGUCCUCAAAUAUCAUUGGUGGGCCUCUUAUUUGAGAAUGGGUCACACCAAGUCUACUAUUCCUCUCUGUUUCUCUCCCUCCAAACGCCAAGGCAUCUACUCGAUCUUUUCAUCACUCACAUGUCUCCUCGUCAUCAUGAAACUCAAAUAUAAAGCAGUAAAAAAGCAAUUUUGGCGCGUCCACCUAACGCGCCCCCAAAUUCUCUCCCAAACCCUAACACCCUUCGUUCUCAUCUCAGCCUCCGCCUUGCCUCUCCGGCGCCUCUAGGCGUUGCGAGAGGGCUCAUGAUGCUCCCGUCAAGUCCACCUUCCUCUCCGUCGUGGUCCGUUGGUGAUGUGUCUCAAUCUCUGGUGCUGUCGUACACGUUUUGUGGCUCUGUCUACAGUGCUGUUACGAGUCCGGAGGUUCGUGUCUAGGUUCUCUGCGACUGGGUCAAGAACACGAAUCUUCUUUCCACUGGUGAAGGUGACUCCUCUCCCAACAUCAAAACCACCUCGACGGCGAGGUUCCUAAACGUCGCCUCUUGCCAUCAUCGAUUCAAAGGUAAUUUGGGGUAUGCUGCGUCUGAGAUAAGGUCCCGGGACCUCAGACCUCGAUUGAUGAGAUGAUUCACCUUUUGGGUCGAUCUAGACGUUCUGGCUAUUGAGUCGAUGCUCUUGUUAGCUCCUCUUCCCCCCCCUUUUGCAGUUGAUUGGCGUUUCUUGGGAGAAUGGGUUUGACCGCAGGUUUAAGCGAGCAUGGGAGUGGUGUUUUUGAGCUCUUCGAGAUCAGGGUAAGCACCUUGCGGCUGGAGGAGGGAGUAAGUCCCAGGAAGUGGUGAUGCUGCCCCUUACCAUUAACCGGCUUAGAGGACGAGCGGUUAGGUUAGUUGAGCGCUAUUAAGCUCCUGUGGUCUUGAGUUGUCCUGUCUGUACCAGAUUUUGGGGUCAGUGUUUGCCCAGCCCGGAUUUAGAGGGAGGUCCUUGAGCGGGCUUGUCUCUGUGUCUCAGAGGAAGGUAAUGGUUCAGGCAAUCAGAUGAAACAACUUCCAGCCAGCAUUGUGUCCCUUGAUCUCUGGUUUCUCGGUCUCCCCAUCUGCCUACUUUGUUUAUGUCCUUUUCACCCGUCUCUUAAGUUUGUAUCGAUCCUUGUUAUCCUGUUCGCUCCAAGGCAGAACGGUUUCAAGCUCGAUUGUCUUCUUGAUUACAUGUUUUUAACUUUUUUGCCGUGUAAUCAAGCAUAGAGGUCUACAGUUUGUUCUAACAUCUUGUAAACUUCAAAGUUCAUUUCGUAAUGAUAUUUACCUUUUAGCAAAAAAAAAAUGAAACUCAAAUAUAAUACACUUCUCUAAGAUCUGACAUGAAUAUGAUUAGAUGAUCUACUAGAGAGUAGAUAAUAUGGAACUAGUGGUUUUGACAAGAACGUUGUUCUCUUCUUUAUUAGACAGGAAAGAUUUAAACUAACUGUAUAGGAAUGGUUAAAUUAAUUUAGUUGUAAAAAGGUAAUUUCCCCAACGUAAAGAAACAAAAAAUCUAAUAUCUACAUGUUACACGUAAAGAAACAAAGAAAUCUAAUAUAUAUCUACAUUUUGGUUUAUGUCCAUUCCAGUAACCUAACUGUGAAGUUAAUAGCAUCUAACUAAUUUGGUUCUGUGUAGGGUUAUAAAUUAUAAGCUCUACGAAGGUAGAAUCUUAAUAAAAGGAUCGGCAUAAUUGAAGAAAAUGAGAGGUAGGAAGCAGGAAUUUAAUAAGGAACAUGGAGCUUUGAAAGAUGAGAUUGCUAAAAUUAGAAAGCGGCAACAGAAAGGUGGCAUUUAGUGAAUUAUAAGAAGAGAAAUGAAGUUCUUUCAAAAACAUAGCAACUAGUGUAAUGACAAAAAUAAAAUAAAGAUAAGUAGGAGAAACAAAUAAAAAUAAAAUUCGUAGCAUCAUCAUGAUCAUGAUAAUAAUAAUUACUCCGUAUUUCUUUCUUUGAAGAGGUGAGCAAGAGAAGAGAGCAAUGAAGGUGGAAUUAAAUUCGUAUUUAUAAUCUGACGUAACGCUCGUUACAAUUCUCAACUGUCUCAAUUACUAUUGCAUUUAUAUUUUGGUUUUAAUGAUCAUCUCUAAAGUCUAAAUCUUAACAUUUUGAACAGCUGUUACAUAUAUAAAUUGAAGCACCUUCCUCUGUUUUUUAGUUUAUUUUUGUUUAAAUGCUCUGAACUACUUUCCUCUUACGCUUUUAACCGGUUUGUACUUCUUCUCGUCGGCAAAAAUUUCUAAUAGAUUUAACAAUCAUACGUACCACUUGUGUAUUUCAUGCUCAGAAGCAGCUGUGAAAAAAUAAAACCUUAUCACUUUUCUUCUCUGAUAAAUUUUGUCUUGACAUGUGCAAACUCAUGUUCUAGAUUUGUCUGCUUUUAAUCCAACAUGCAAUUGCUUUGGACAAAAUCUUUUUCAUGGAUUAUUUUGCGAAAUGGAAAUGACCUAUGAUUAGGCUACAACGUCUGAAGACUUUUUGGUAGAACAGAGAGAUCUAUCUUGAGUUAACAUAACAAACUUAAAAAGAAUAUGAAAAACAAGGGGAGUUUUGGGCUUGUGGGUCAAAGUAAACCAUGUGGGACCAAAUAAGAAGUCUUGUCUGAUCUCUAACCAAUCUUUCUUUCUUUCACUUCUGAACUGCUUUUUCAACAAGUACAAGGAAUCUAUAUAGUUAGUUUUUUCACUUCAUCUUUUGUUCUGGGGAUCAGGAUCAAGCUACUACAUCUUUCACAAGUCAAUUUUUGAUCUUCCUUUUCGUGAUAUGCAAGCAAUCUUACUGAUACGCUAAGAAUGUCUACUUUUCUUAAAGUCAACACACACACAAAACAUCUAGUUCUCUUAUUUGUACAUCCGAGAAACAGAAUAUCUGCAGAAAACAGAGUCUUACUUUUAGACAUAUCCUAGUUAGAUCAUGGAUUCUUUUAAAGGGUUACAAUUUUUUUUAAUGGAUAAGAUGAUUUAUAAGAACUUAGGAGUAGAAUAAGGAGACAUGUUUUCACAUAAAUAUUCAUUCUUCUUCAUUAGAGAGAACCCAAAUGGUAGGAAAAUGUUAAGAAAAUACAAGAAACAAGAAACGUUAGUGCUAUUCGAGCUCCACUCUUUUCAUUUUCAAUUUUUGUUUGUAGGAAAACCCUAGUUUCAUCUUCUACCUUCUUCUAAGGGUUUUAAAAGUGGAGCGUGAUUAGCACUACUCUCAUAAACAACAGCUACAUUUGCAAGAAAA